AUGCCGGAGUCGUUGUUAACCUCUAUUGUUGCUGGCAGCAGCGCUGCAGUUUUUCAAACGACCAUUUCAUAUCCCUUUGAAUUCCUGAAGACAGGACUACAACUACACCGGUCGCUGCCCAGAGUUGCGCCAUUUAACAUGAUGCAUCAAAUCAAAUUCUAUUUUUCUGGUUGCGCAGCGUUGAACGUUGGGACUCUCUUGAAGACGGCAACACGUUUUACAACUUUCGAAAAGGCCUGCGUUCUGAUGAAGGACCCCGAGUCUCCCAAUAAGGCAAUCGGCGGACCGAGGCUGUUGGUGGCCGGGAUAAUUACUGGUUUCAUGGAGAGCUUGCUUGUCAUACCGUUUGAAAAUAUCAAGACUACGAUGAUUGAAAACGCGCUGAUUCUCUCUGAAAGAGCCACGAAGGAAUUAGAGGCCAAGAGCAAAAAUACGGGAAAACCAACUUCAGACGUGCGCCCCACAUUCCAUAAAAUCUCAAAUCGCUCCCUGCACCCUAGAGAGAAGUUGUACCUUCAUUACGAAAAGUAUCCAUCUUCUCACUUUUUAGCGUCUGUGAAAGAAAUUUAUGUCACUAGGGGUGUUCGUGGUUUUGUUCAGGGAACCACCCCAACCAUCAUUAGACAAAUGUCAAAUUCAGCUGUACGAUUCACCACAUACACAUCUUUGAAACAACUCAUCGCGCCAACCAAACCAUUGAAUGAGUACUACGCCUUUGCUCUUGGAGUUGUUUCGUCCGCCGCAGUAGUGGCCGUCACACAACCAAUCGAUGUGAUAAAAACAAGAAUGCAAAGUAAAUAUGCUUGGAAGACAUACAAAAGUUCUUUGAAUUGCGCUUACAGAAUUUUUGUGGAGGAGGGGUUUUUUAGUUUUUGGAAAGGUUGGGCUCCACGUCUAAUGAAAGUAGGUCUUUCUGGCGGGGUGUCUUUUGGUGUAUAUCAAUAUGUGGAAAACUUGAUGACAUUGAUUCAACAAGAAAGUAAAUUAGGCCAUGAGUAA